AGUGAGGAGCUCCAGCUGUCCGUCGAUCACAUCAAACAGAUCAUCUGCAUCCUGCGAGACUUCAUCCAUUCCCCCGAGCGGCGCGUCAUGGCCGCCACCAUCUCCAAGCUCAAGCUGGACCUGGACUUCGACUCCACCUCCAUCAACCAGAUCCAGCUGGUGCUGUUUGGCUUCCAGGACUCGGUGAACAAGGUCCUGAGGAACCAUCACAUUAAGCCCCACUGGAUGUUCGCCAUGGACAACAUCAUCCGCCGAGCCGUGCAGGCCGCCAUCACCAUCCUGAUACCAGAGCUACAGACCCACUUCGGCCCGGCGUCCGAGUGCGAGGGAGCGGAGAAGGAAGACGAGGUGGAUGAGGAGGAAGCGGAAUUCGGUCCCGUUUUAGCUCCGCACGCCGACGACCCUGGCACUACAACCGACCCCGUCCACUCUGCUGUCAGCACGCUAAACUCUGCCCACUCCCACGAGCACCAGCGCUCACCUCAGCAGCUGGGAGCUCAGCUGGGACGUCUCAAACAGGAAACGAACAGGCUGCUGGAGGAGCUGCUGCAAAAGGAGAAGGAGUAUCAGCAGGUCCUGAAGGUGACGCUGCAGCAGAGAACACACGACCUGGAGCUGGUCAGAGUCCGACACAGACCACCAGACAUUUCACCUCCGUCCAUCUUCCAAAUCCCAGCGGACCACGAGCCGGACAAGCAGCUCGUGGACUGGCUGAAGGAGCAGGGGGCGGACGCUGACACCAUAGAUAAGUUUGUUCUGGAGGAAUACACGCUGACGGACAUUCUGACUGACGUUACCAAAGAUGACCUCCGCUCUCUACGUCUACGGGGCGGAGUCCUCUGCCGCAUCUGGCGAGCCAUCCAGCGGCACCGAGAGCGAGAGAGGCUGACGAGCGACAGACGCUCGGAAGACGAUGCAUGACGGCACACAUGGACUCUGAUUUGCAGAAACAUGCACAUCCGCUCUCUGCUGGCACGGCCACGUCUCGUUCUCUCUCCUCUCUCUGCCUUUAGUUGUUGUUUCUCACACGACAAACUGAGUCUCUGCUCGUCCGUGCUUCAGACCUGAUCAGACCAAAGCGCUUUGUCUUUAUGUGCACUUAAAUAUGUAUUUAACAAGUGUAUUUAUUUGUGCUUAAGGAUUUUCUGUGAUUUUGCAUCUUAGCAAACGAGGAACCUGCCAAUUCUCUCCUCUGUGUAUGAAACAUCAGCUGUAGACUUGAAACGUUGGAGGAGACACAUGAUGCUUUUCAGUUUUACUUUUUACUUCAAAAGGUUUUGUGAAUAUACAAGUUGUGCAUAGUUAAAAAGAGUCUGUGGUAACGGGAGCUCCUCUUCCCCUCAGAAAACACUGAAGCUGCUGAAACACAUCGUCAGUCCUCUUCUGCAUCAUCGUUAUCUUAUGACAUCACAAUGCCCCACAUCUGCAUAAUACACGUCCAGCUGCGUAACUGCCACGCCCCCUUUAAAAGCCAAGUUAAGAGAGAGCGGCGGCCAUGUGUAAAAAGUAUUUCCAUUGCGCACAAACGAAUGCAUAUUUUAUCUCCUGCCGUCCUCGGUCACCUAAAGCCUUAAUCCACACUGAGAGGAUUGAUUGAACCAUGCACACAUCAUGGCUGCCAGUCUGCCUUGACAUUUGUAUGCAAUGUAUUUAUUAUGUAUGUGUACGAAUUCCUUGAUAUUCUCAAUGAAUUCUCUGUUACUGUCUCCUCUGUGUGAACCUGUAUUAAAUUAAAAUUUUGUAUUCCAACUGUUAAAUGUAAUUAUGUAUGUGCUUGUGUGUUUCCUGGUUGCUUUAG